AGACCUCUGACCCCAACAUCAGCCCACAUGUUUAGAGUUUCACUACAGAAGAAGGAAAACAGAUGGGGGCCGUGGGGCCUCGGGGAGUUUUUGGGGGCUCCCUCCUCAGUAAUGUAGCGUCAUGAAGGUAGACAACCAAGCAACCAAAAAGCAAGAGGCAUGAACCACUUAUGGGUUUAUUGGAGCUGGAUGUAUUCUAACCACAGGCUAAUGUCUUCUUAAACAGAACCACUUUAUCAAAUGCAGCCCCUUCGUUUUUCCACCUCAUCCUUCAUUUUUUUAAUUUUAAAGGGAGGCUCCAGUCACACUUACUGAAUCUAGACAAAAUCCUAUUCUAGUGCUUUCUAUCCAUCAUUAUUUCUCUUUUAAUAUUUCCAACAUCAUCUGUUUAAUGAGGAGAUAUAAAACAACACCAUUAAUGUUGUAAGACAGUGUAUUUCCUGCUUCACUGUGGCAGCAGUAUUUUUUCUCUAUAUGGCUUCUUCAGUUUUGUUGAUGAGGCUUUUAUGAGUUUUUCCUUGUUGUUGUUAGCACUGUUUUUAGAGUUUAGCACUUUGCAUUGUAGUUUUGUUUUCAUUAAAUGUUUUAUAAUGUCAGUUCUUUUACUGCUUCCCCACUCAUGCUGUGUUCAUCUCUCCACCGCAUGGCCUUGAUAACCUCACAACUUCGAUAUUUGAUCCUUUAUUGCAAACCAGUAAAAUGGUUUUACUUAGCUGUUUUCCAUCUGUGCAUCUGCAAAUAAUCGCUUUAGCAAGCAUUAACAUUCAUCCAUCCAUCCAUCCAUCCAUCAAACCAUCAUUGAUGCCUGCUUAUCCUUUGCAGGGUCGUGGGGGGCUGGAGCUGAUCCCAGCUGUCUGCUGUGGCUUUGAGGGACGAAGUGGUCAUGUAAAUGAGCUCCAUUAACAAAAAAGGUGGCUAGUGAAAUAAAGUAUUGAUGAGAUGCUGGGAAAGUGUCCAGCUGUGUACCAGCAGUAGAUCUGGCCAUGUUCUCAUGUAAAACAUAGCUGCUGUUUAUUGUUGAUACUCUCCAAAUCCAAUCCCUUUUCUCUACUCCUCUCUGGUCUUUUUGUUUUUUCAUUUCACUUUUUGUUCUGACCAGAGGUGAUAUGUUGUGCAUUUUAGGGCAUUUUGGACUUGAUGUGGGAAAGUCUAAUGACCAGAUGGAGGAGUGUCCAAGCGUUUCUCCCCCGUUUGUUGAACUAUAAUCCAUCAGGCUACAAACCGACACAUCAGAACUGGCAAAUCACUGCAGGAGACACACGGGAGGUCCGGGGGGACUUGGAGGGAGCAGCAAUAUCCAUCCAUCUAUUGAUCUAACCAGCCAACAGCAAUGCAAGGACUGAUGUGGAGCCUGUGUGCUCUACUCUGCCUUUCCCUGUGGGAGGAAAGUUACUGCAGGAGCUCCAGGGAAGCCCGGAGGACCAAAGAGCCUUCUCUCCACAGGAGUAAAAGGGCCCCCCUAAACCCUGAUGCCAAAAAGUGUUCCUACACCUUCCUUGUACCCGAGCAGAGAAUCACAGGUCCAAUCUGUGCCAGUACCACAGGCCCUGAGCCAGACAAAGACAGAGUGACGCGUAUGGAUAUUGCAGAUGUGCGAGAGGUUCUCAACAAACAGCGGCGUGAGAUUGAGACGCUGCAGCUGGUGGUGGAUGUGGAUGGCAACUUGGUGAAUGAGAUGAAGCUGCUGAGGAAAGAGAGCAGAAACAUGAACUCCAGGGUGACCCAACUUUAUAUGCAGCUGCUGCAUGAGAUCAUUAGGAAAAGAGACAACUCUCUGGAGCUAGCCCAGCUGGAGAACCGCGUCCUCAAUGUGACAUCUGAGAUGAUGCGACUGGCUUCAAGAUAUAAGGAGCUGGAGGCCCGGUUUGCCACAAUGGCUGGGGUGGUCAACAACCAGUCUAUUCUCAUUUCUGCCCUGGAGGAGCAGUGUCUAAGGACACUGGGACGCAGUGAGCUGCCCGUAGUUCCCCCACUAGUGCAGGUGGUACCGCAGAAUAUACCAGUCAAUAAUCGUUUCACCAAUGAGAUACAGAGGGACAAUAACAACCGGGCCUUUGCCAGAGGAUCACGAAUGGACUCCCCGACUGCAAGCCCACUUGGGAUUGAACCUCCGCCACCACAGGGAACACUUACCUCUGAUGGUCCCUUCAGGGACUGUUACCAUGUGCGACAAGCAGGCCACACCACCAGUGGGAUGUACCUGCUCAAGACAGACGGCAGUGAUCGGCUGAUCCAAGCCUGGUGUGAACAUGGCCUUGACAAUGGAGGAUGGACUGUGUUACAAAGAAGGAGAGAUGGCUCUGUUAACUUCUUUCGGAACUGGGAGAACUACAAGAAAGGCUUUGGAAACAUAGAUGGCGAACACUGGCUUGGUCUGGACAAUAUCUACAACCUAGGGAAACAGGGCGACUAUAAGCUGAUGAUAGAGUUGGAGGACUGGACAGGGAAGAAGGUGUACGCCGAGUACAGCAGCUUCCACCUGGAGGCAGAGAGUGAGGGUUACCGGCUGAGGCUCGGCACCUACCAGGGCAACGCUGGGGACUCCUUCAGCAGUCACAACGGCAAACAGUUCACCACGCUCGAUCGCGACAAGGAUGCAUUUUCUGGUAAUUGCGCCCACUUUCAUAAAGGUGGUUGGUGGUACAACGCUUGUGGCCAGACCAACCUCAAUGGUGUAUGGUACAGUGGGGGAGUAUACCGCAGCAAAUUUCAAGAUGGAAUCUUCUGGGCAGACUACGGAGGAGGUUACUACUCCCUCAAGUCAGUCCGCCUCAUGAUCAGACCGAUUGACUGAAACCCUCGGGCUGUGGUUCAAAUGCACCUCAGUUUCCUUCUUUAUCUUUACCUACCCAUAAACAAAUGCUGAAAGGGCAGAACCAAGAAUCCCUGCCAUUGUACAACAGUGCCUUGUAAAAUACAAAGGAGGAAGAGAUGUGUGUGUGUGUUUAUGGCAAGAUACAGACUCCAGCAGUCAGCACAGUGGCCCAAGUUGACUCUAACUUUGAGACAAAGACUGGUGGCAUUGGCCUCCUUGAGUAACAGCUCUUCUCCUUCAUCCUGAAAAGUAUUGGUCCAUCAAGCUCCCCAGGACCAAUAGGUAUUACCCUCAAGUGUUCUAUCUCACUCACUCUUGUUGAAAGUCAGUAUGUAAUAAAGGGAAAUGGUCAUUAACUAAAGACAUGAGAUUUCUUCUGAGCAGCUAAUGUUGACUUAUUGAUAGUAGUAUUGCCCAAAAUAAAUGGGUAUUAGAUGUACUGGGAUCUUUGAUACAAUUUUAAAGGUGUGUUGCCAAGUAGAAUACAUGAGAAACAAACGAUUGGAGGACAGGCCUUGCUAAACCUACUGUCUACCUGUUUCUGGGUUUUGUCUGGACUUACAGGGUUUACUUUGACCCUAACAGCAAAGAACUCAUGCAACAAUGUGCUUGUCCAAUGUGCAUGUGGCUGAAGUGGCUUUGUUAUGUAAAUAUCUUUGACUUUAUUUGUGAAAGAUAAUUUAAGAGGUGUGAUUCUUCUCAGGCCAAAUGUUCACAAUGUUGUCAAUCUGCCAUUCUUUGUUAUUUAUCAUUGUAUUUAUAGUUAAGUAUAGUCAUGACCAUUUUGUAUCUACCCCUGUAAUAAUACAUUUCUUCAUAUGUUUUAUCCCAUUUAGAGAUACAUUAAUAACACUUGAACAGAACACACACAAACACAUUUUAAACACCCAUUGUGGAUGUCUUGUUGACGGGAGGUUGGAGAAUGUGAUACAUGAUUUCAUCCAAGUCAAAUUAAAUUCUUUUGUAAACCUGUAACUGUCCUUCACUCUUCACUCAGCUUACUUUAAUGAAUAGCAAAAAAGGGUUAAAAUGGACCCUACUUUGACAAAAUUAUUUCUAGUAUCAAUGCAAAACAUG